CUGACACACAAAGCUUGCUGCUUUGUCGUGCACGCAGCUGGCCGUGUCACCUAGGCGCGUGCGCGCGGUAGGUGAAGACGAGGUUAUUUGUCCUCAUCUUCCUCAUCUUCCUCAGCAGCUUCACCGCGAAGGCAGCCCGCCGCUGCACGCUCCCGGUUGGCUCGGUAGCGCGCGCGGGCGCGUGCGUGCCGCCACGUCUCGCCUGGACCUUUUGUGUGCCAAGGACACGCGCGCGGAACUGCGCAGCCGACGUCACUUUUGGCAGCCUCGCGCGUGCACGUCGUUCCGCGGCGGUGGCCAUGGACGCGGGCAGGCUGGAGCAGCACGUGGCCAGCGUGCGCAGAGGAAUAGUCUUCCUCGAGCAGGAGCACGUGACCCUGCUGGCUGGCUUGCACGUGGAGAUCGCACACCUGAAGAGACGUUGCCAUGAGCUGAGUUGUGAGCUGGACUCCAGGUUCCCUGACAGAACCACCACAGAGAAGGAGGCGGAGCUGGCGGCGCGCUGCCAAGCGGCACAGCGCCUCCUAGAGGAGCGGCAGUGCAUGAUGGUCGCCGCCCGCGGGGAGGUGCGCCUGGGACGGGCGAGGGCGUCCGAACUGGGGCGGAGCCUGCGCGAGGAGGAGCGCCACUUCCUGGAGGAGCUGAAGCGGCGCAGCCACAAGAUCACGCUGCUGAAUCGGGAGCUGCAGCGCCAGAACGCCGCCACGUCCGCGCUGUGCCGUCAGCUGCACGCCGCCCGCGCCAAACUCGAGCAGCAGCGAGGGUACGCGGCGGGCGCCGCUCAGGAGGAGGAAGGACGAGAGGAGGAAGGCGAGGCCGCGGAGUGGCUGCUGACCCCACCGCCUCCCGCCUCCCCCGGCCACCCCGCGGCGAGACGCGGCGUGAGGGAGGCGCGGGUCCGAGCCUGCGUCCCCCAGGAGAGAGUGACAUCGCCACAGAGGCCACACCCCAUGCCUGACCCCGCCCUCUUCCUGGUGCCCUUCAGAUUCCGCCUCCUCCGCUGGAGCCGGCCAAUCAGACUGCAGGAUGCCGAGGACGACUGGGAGGACGUGGACGAGGACGGGCUGCACGGGAGGGUGGACAUGGGCACCGCCGAGGGAGAGACGGCGCUGUGAUGACGGCGGAGGGGCGGAGUCAGCCUUCAGCCACGCCCAAUAGGAUAAGAGGAACGUCGUCUACUACUUCAUUCAGGAAGUGUCUUUUGGAGCGAUUGGCGUGUAGGAGGAGGACACUGAUUGGCUGUUGAUGUAGCAGAAGCCCCGCCUCCCAGCCUGCUAUGAAUGUGAGCGCUUUCUAGCAGGAAGUUUAUUAAAUUGAUGCAUUGUUGUGACAGCAA